AUGGACACUGAGCGCGAGAAGGAGAAGCCCGCCGGGUCAUCGUCGCUAGAAGUUGACCAUCUCGAGCGUUCCAGAGGUCAGGAUGAUAACCUGGUCUAUGAUGAUCCCGAAGGAGAGCCAGAACUCCAUUUCAGAACGUACGCGGCCGUUACAGCCAUGUUUUUGCUAAAUCUGGUCCAAGUAUUCGCCUUACAAGGUCCUCCCGUGGUGCUAUCCUACAUCGGCAAAGACCUGGAUGCAACGGCGAGUGAUACCUGGGUCCCGAAUGCGCUCUCGCUUGUUCAAGCCGUGUUGGCACCCAUAAUCUCUUCGGCUUCGGAUGCCUUUCAAGCUAGGAAAUCGAUCCUGGUUGCGACUUGUCUUGUAUCCUUCGUCGGAGCGGCAAUUGCACCGGGCGCGAAAUCAAUCGGCAGACUGAUCUCAGCUCAAACUCUUAUCGGAGUUGGAUUUGCGGCCGUCCCCCUUGCGUACACCGUGCCUAGCGAGAUUCUGCCGAGGCGUUGGAGACCAAGUACGUGUCUGAUUCCGUCGGUAGUUCUGGAAUCUGACACGUGGUAG